GGGAGAAGGGUCUCCAUGGAGACAGGAUGCAAAACACCGCGCGCGUCAUAAUGCGCUUCGAACGCCGGGCCUUUGAAAGCGGCCCUUUUGAUUCCUCUUAAAGAGGCCGCGACCCCUAUUUUUUUUGCCAGGAGCGAUUUGAGCGCACCGCAGGAUGGAAGAAGGAAACCGCGAAAAGGGAGGCGAUGGAGGAGAAGAUUCAGACAAUGAAGACAUGGGAAAAGGACAACCAACGCCACCAACCAGGGCACCCGAAAAUAGCAUAGCAAAUCUGCAGCAUGAGAGUAGUGCUGAAAUGGAACUGGAGGAGACCAUGGAAGAGCCAGCUGUGGCCACAGGUUUGGAAGAUCAACUGGAAGAAGUUAAAAGUAGAACUUCUAUAUCUUCAGCUAAGUCUUACAAAGAGAGUCGAGAGGAAUUAACAGUUAGCAGCCCAGAAUCUGGAUCAGAUGUUUUCUCUUCUGUAGGAAUGACGGCAUUAUUUCCCCCUCAAAUCACUGAAAUCCCAUCAACAAGCACAGCAGGAGCCCAGGCUCAUCCAACAAUAUUGGGCAGCGUUAGAAGAGAGCACCCUGUCAUUUCCCAUUUAAGCGGGGGGGCAUUGAAUCCUAUUGCUGCUGAUACACAUCAGGAACACUUGGAAGUGUCUGUUGCAGUGCAGACAGAGGCAAGCUGGCUAUAUGAACACGUCUUCAAGAGAAAAGCUCCAAAGAAAAAAAGAAGAUUGCCUCGUGAGAAUGAUAUCUAUGCUGUCCUGUCCCAAGAUCUCAGCAACUUAGAUGUUUUGUGCGAUACAGAGUUUAAAGAAGACUUCUUAAGGCUCUUUAAGGAGUCACUGCGUACCCUGUCCAGUGUUGGGCCACCAACAAUCCUAGCCUACAGACCAGAAACUUCAAGAGAAAAUGUUUAUAUAGAGGUUGAAAAGGACUUUCCCGCAACUUGUGAGUUCUGUGGCAGCCCACUGAGACACUAUCCUUCCUUUGAAAGUCUAGAAGAAAUAGCAAAGUAUGCAUAUCUUUUCUGUUGCCAGGAGUGUAGAGAGCUCCAUGAGUUCAUUGUCAGUAUGAAGAAGCAGUACACAAAGCCUGAAUACCAGCGGAUAGACAUUUCUCCCAAUCAGGCACGUGGCAGUGAAUCCGAGAGGCAGCUAGCCAGGGAAAGAGCCCUGCAAAGGCUGAAAGAGAAACAAUUGGCAAGACAGUUGGCCUACUUGGCAAAUGAGCAAAAUAAAGACAUCACUCCAGUAUAUGGCCUCGAACAACACAAUAAACAACUUAAAACAAUUUCCUACACCCUGUCCCAAGAGUCUGUCUGGACAAGGAUUCCUAUCCAAUAUUCUGAUAAGAGAGAAACCCAAGAUGUCAGCUAUAGUAUCUCUUACUGUGAUUUCACCUUAGCCGGUGGAAAGUUAGUGAAAAACCAGUUUUUACAACAAUAUUACAAAAAUGGCGUAAAGUUUCUUACAAUGUUUCCAAAUGGCACAGCUCAAAUCUUCUAUCCAUCUGGAAAUCUGGCAAUAAUGGUUAUACCAAAGAAGGAGAAUGCACCCACCAUUUGUAUAGUCCAAGAAGACAAGUCCGAGAAUGCAGAAAUUCAAGCAGUGUUUGAUUCAAGUGGGAGAGGGACUUGCUAUCAUCCAAAUGGAAAUGUGUGGAUUAAUAUAACAAUUCGUGGAGGCCAUUAUUCAGACCAAGAUGGCAGCAAAGUGAAAGCCUGGAUCUGGCCAAAUAACUUGCAGAAGAAGAGUCCCAGAGCAUCGUUUAAACCAGUUUUUCUUGCCUUGAACCUGAACGUUGGUGUGAGAAUACUAACACAAGACAAAUUAGCCAUUUCUUUUCUUGCAAUGGGGAAGCAAGCAAAAAUCAGCAUCGGAACAAAAGUAGAGCUACUUCCUGGUCAUCAUCCGUGGCCAAAGCAUGUAUCUGAAGAUGAUUUGCUACUAUUUGCCAGCAGAAUCAAAAUUCUCCGUAUCUUUGCAAAAUUGCAUGGAUGCUUAGAUUUUCCUACCAAUGACUGGGGGCCAAAAGUCCAGCUCCCUUCAUACAUUUUGAAAUGGGCUUCAAGAUUAACAAACCUCUGCAAAGACUGUGAAAUAAACACAGCUCUGGACGAUUUAAUUACGGAAAUAAUAAAUUCACCAGCCUGAUCAUUAUCAAAUUAUAUGAAGAUGCUAGCUUCAUUGUUGUGAGACGUAUGUAUAACUAUGUUGGAUUCUGUAUGAACAGAAGAUCAGAUUGAAAUAUUUGAUAAGCAUAUUAUGUAUCUUGGACAGAAAACAAGAUAAACAAUCUGGUAUCUUCCUGCAAUAUCAAGACCAUAAGGUAAAGGUUAAGGUUUCCCCUUGACAUUCAGUCUAGUCAUGUCCGACUGAGGGGUGGUGCUGAUCUCAAUUUCUAAGCCAAAGAGCCGACGUUGUCCAUAGACACCUCCAAGGUCAUGUGGCCAGCAUGACUGCAUGGAGUGCCAUUACCUUCCCGCCAAAGCGGUAUCUAUUGAUCUACUCACAUUUGCAGGUUUUCAAACUGCUAGGUUGGCAGAAGCUGCACCUAUCAGCAGGAGCUCAUCCCACUCCCUGGAUUCAAACCGCCAACCUAUCGGUCAGCAAGUUCAGCAGCUCAGCACUCUAACCCGCUGUGCCACCAGGGAUUCCAAAAACAUCAAGUAUCAAGAACAUUCUCAGAGUUAAUUCCAAAUGCCCUCAGAAGUCAGUGUUUCAGCAAAACGUCUUAGAGCCAAUAAGUGAAAGAGCCAAAUAAGGCAAUGAGGAAAGAGUUCCAGUGUGUAAUCAUAACUACCCAUUUAAGAUGGACGAGGCAUAAAAGUAACCUGAAGGAAUGUUUUAGUAUUACUUUUAGCAAGUACAUUUCCUAGGUUUUUCUCUCUUUAAAAAUCAUUUCUGUACUUAAAAAAUAGGAACAUAUCUCUUAGUAAUAUCCCCAUAUAGCUGAAGGUCAGUUGAAGGUGAGUUUGCUAGUUUGGCCUAAGUUUAUUCAGUGAAACCAACACUGGAUUCAGAUAUAACUCACCAGUUUCCUGCUGUAUCUGAUGUUCCUUUUAACUACCACAUGCAGAUAGUUUGCAUCUAGGGGCCAGCAAGUUACUUGACAAAAAAUAAUCUGACGCAGGGAAGAGUUAACAGAUGGCACUGCACUACAACCAACUAUACUUCAGGUUUUUGGUGGCAAGUAGUUCUUUAUAAAAUCACUCACUAAGAUUAAACCAUUCCUUAUUAAUGGAGAGCUAUCCAAGGCAUAUAGUUUACAACUGGGAUUUCCCUCACAAAACAAGUUUGUGUCAGGACCACCUUUCUGAACAUCAGCCUGAGAAAAAGCUAGCUU